CAAUGCAUCGAAUAUAUGAAGAAAGUGUCAAAGGAAGCGCUUCUAAAAAGACUGGGUCCCAAUGCUUACCCGUUUAGUAUGGAAAUUACGCCUUUAGCGCCCCCAAGUGUACAGUUAGUACCUGCAAAAGAAUAUAGUGGAGCCCCUAUUGGUACGAGUUACGAUGUUCGAGCGUAUAUAGCUGAGAAGCUGGACGAAAAGCUUCACCGACGCACCACGGUCCGAAUGGGUAUUAGAGUGGUCCAACGUGCAGCAGCGCCACCUAGUCCAUACAUUUUCAAUCCGGCCAAUAUUGGACAACACUUACCAAAGCAGCGCAGCAAAAAUGGGCACAAAAUUCCAUUAUUUGCCUGUAAAAGUGUACCACUAACAAGCAAUAUUGCAACACAUAAUUUAGAUGAAGAUAGAAAGCCCUCGUCCGGCACGGAUGCGAGAAAUGUUAAAUUAAAUUUGAAAAAUGAAUCAGAAAGUUCGAAUGGUCGAAAUAUCGAAAAAGAGCUAUCUCCAGAAAACGAGUGUAAAGUUGAAGCUGAAAAUAAUCCUGAUUCAGAUGUUAUGGACUGUCUCCUGGCUAGAUCAGAAACAGAGCAAUAUACCAAAAAUAAAUCUAGUCCGGAAGGUAUAUCCGGAAAUAGAACCCCUACACACGUUUCCUUUAAAGAUCAACUUACGAAUGGGUUGGACAGCACCGAAUGCCAUACUUCCCAUAUAAAUGAAUCCGGUUCGAAUGUUGACGAGAAAGAAAACAUACAGAAACAGAUAGGAUUCUCUCAGGAUAACAAUAAGAAAAAUCAAAUUGAAAAGUUUGAGCCCCCGUGCGGAGGGAAGCGACCAAGUUUAGCAGCCUUUCUCGCCCAAGUGCCUCCACCACACGCGGUCGUCGAGAAACCAUUUUUACUGAGCGAUGGAAGAAUUGAAUUAGAAGCGAGUUUAGACAAAGCUAUUUACUCACACGGUGAAGAAAUAGAAAUCACUUUACAAGUACGAAAUCUUAGCAGUAAAACUGUCAAACGAAUAAAGGUUUUUGUCGUUCAACACGUCGACGUGUGUAUGUUUUCUAACGGGAAAUUUAAAAACGUUGUGGCGUCGACGACGGUAAAAGACAAUUGUCCCGUAGCAAGCGGUUCUACAGUAACCCAAACGUACAACUUGAUACCAACAAAGAGCUCUACGAAAAACUGGAUUGCACUCGAAGACUCAUACACAAAAACAGGAACAAGUUUAGCGUCAACAGUAACUAGCGCUUGCGAUAACCCACAAGAUCGCAACGUAUUCGCCAUUUACGUAACAUACUACGUGAAGGUGAAAUUAAUUGUGAGCUUAAUGGGUGGUGAACUGUCACUGAAAUUGCCUUUCACUCUAAUGCACACUUGCUCUGAAUUUGACCCGACUUGGACAAAAGAGUUAGAAUCGCCUCGUGCUGAAACGCAAGAGAAAUCUACACCAGAAGAGAUAAAACCUGGAAUCGGAGAGACUUGAGAUGAGGAAAAGGUGGUCGUGGAAAUAAACAAGAAUACCAGCGAUAGGACUUGUCUUAAACCAGAACAUGAACCUGUUAUUCAAACUAAUCGUCACCCAAUCAAGAAUUCUUCGCCAAAUUUCGACGAGAUCGUUACGGAAAAACGAGAAGACGUCGAAUUAGAGAAAACCCUUCCGGUACCUGUAGUUAAGAGGACUAGUAUUGAUGAUAGUGAUAAAAAUUGUGGUAUUCCCAGAGCUUGGUGUUGUUUAAUGAGCAGGCGUACUUCAUAACAACGGAGAAGAUUGUAUCUUGGUGUAGUAAAGUUUAACUUGCUGUCAAUCAAACUUUUCAUUUUUCUAAAGUUAAUGUUUACUAUGUGAAGCCUAUCAGAUUUAGUCAAUUGAGAAUUUAAUGUUGUGUAUAACUGUAAAUAAUAAUCUAACAAGGGCUGAGUUCGAUAGGUGCCUAUCUUGGAGAUAAAUUCUCUGUGACCUUUUGUAAUUUGUAUAUCCUUCUUUUUUUAUUCCUGUACAUAGAAAUAAAAAACUAUGUUUGUAAAGAGAUGUACCUAAGUAAAUUGAUAAGUAUGCAAUAUUAAGUCUCCUAAUAAAGAUAUCAAUUAAUA